AUGAAUAAUAAAAUGGAAAUUAGAGAAGAACAGAAGAAAAUAAUAGACGCUUUAUAUGACACAUGGUCAAAUGAUGAAACUCGAAGAAGGGAGUCAGAAGAAUUUUUAAAGGAAUUAGAGAAAGAUGAAAAUAUUUUAAUUUAUUUACUGGAUAUAUGUACAUAUAACAAUGUGCAUAUUAAUGUAAGAAAGUUAGCUAUUAUGUAUUCUAAAAAUUUAAUUUCAUUGUAUUGGAAUUGUAAAAAUGAAUUUCAAAUUAAAAGUGAUAUUAAAAAAAUCGUAAAAGAUAAAAUAAUUAUAUUACUUAAUGAUAGUAAUAAUAUAAAUAUAUUAUAUAAAGAGUAUUGCAUAUUAUUAAAAAAAAUAGCUAGAUAUGAGCUUGUCCACAAUUUUCCUGAAUUAUUAGAAUGUUUAUUAAAUAAUGUUAAUAUACAUAAAAAUAAUUUAAAUAAUUUGUAUAUAUAUUUAUGUCUACUUUAUAAAAUAUUAAGAGAACAAUAUAGUAAAAAAUUAUUUAAAGACAAGAAACAAACUUUUGAUAUUUCACAAACAGUUAUAAAUGUUUUAGAGCCAUUUUGGAAUAAUAAUAUUAACAUAUAUUAUAAAAAUUCAAUAGAAGAUCCAUGUGCAUAUAAUGAUGAAUAUAAUUGUGAAAAAUGUUAUGGCAUUUUUUGUUUAAUGCAACAAUAUGAAGAGUCUCUAUCAUUUAAUUAUGAUGAAAAUUAUAUAAAAGAAGAAGAUAAUAAUAACAACAGUUUUUUAACCUAUUCAUGUACGGAAGGUUCAGAAACAAAUGAGUCUGUCAAUUUGAAAGUCUGUAGUAUUGGGACUGUUCAAACAAAAGCUAACACACUAAAAUAUGACCAAGACACAAAUAAAAAAAUUGAAAUUCUUAAAUUUCUUGAUAGUAUUCUAAUCAACUUAAUUAUAAACCGGAAGGAUAUCAUAAAGAGUGGAAUAUAUCCACCUAAUACUAGCGAAAAUAAUAAUGAACAAAAUGAGCAAAAUGAAAACCCGCCAAAUGAUAAUGAAAGUCACAAUAGAGUAAUUGGGAAUUUUGAGCAAACUUUUUUUGAAAGCCUAGUUAGUAAAAUAGUAUACUUUCUAAAAUAUGUAAAUAAAAAUAGCCCAGUAUAUUAUAUGCGUUAUCUAAAAUUUUUGUUAAACUCAUUUUUUUUAAUGGUAGAAUUUCAUAGCGAAUUUCAUAUAUACUUAAAAAAAGAAAUAAUUGAAAAAUUUAUAUGUCUAUUUUUAAAAAAGAAUAUAAAUAUAAAAACAUAUAAUAAUGAGUAUGAUACAAAAUUUAUAGAUAUUAUCAACUUAUGUAUAACAAUCAUAAAAUCAUUAUUUUAUCACUUUUGUUUAAAUCAAUAUAAUUUAAUAAAACAAAAAACAGUUCGAGAAAAUUAUGUCAAUGUAAAAAAUAUUAUGAACAAUAAAAAUGCAGUAAAAUUAGAAAGCUAUUAUGAAAAUUCGUUAGAAAAUAAAAUAAUAAAUAAUAUAAUGGUAAAUAUAAAUAGACCAAUUGAAAAUAAUAAUACAUCAAAUAUAUUUUGUAGUAACACAGAUUUUACUUUUAAAAAUAUAUUAACAUAUAUUAGAGGAGAAGUUAAAGAGACAUUAAAAAAUGAUAAUUUUAUUUUACUAAAUAAUGAAAAAGCUAUUGAAAUAUUUGAUUUUGUAAGAAUAUAUUGUAUUAAUCUUUCGUCUGAGCAUAUUAUAGAUAUAACUUUAAAUGUAAAAGAUGAUUAUGAAAUUGAAGAAAAUAUUUUUUAUUCAAAUGGGAAAAAUUGUAUUAUUCAAUUAACACAUGAGCCUUUUUUUUUGGUAAUUUUUAAUCAUUUUUUUGAACCUUUAAUUAAUUCUUUUCAUAAUUAUGCACACUUUUUAAGAACAACACCAAGAAAUUUAAAAAAUGUACAAAACCCAAUUUAUUCUGAACAAGUCAUACAAUUAGAUGGUUAUUUAAAUGUUUAUUAUAUUUUAUACCCAUCUUUUCAUAAAAAAAUAAAAAAUGAACAUAUAUUAUGUAUGAUUCAAUUUUUUAUUGAUUUUAUAAAAAUACAACAUACACAUCCUUUAAUUAGUUAUAGAAUAUUUUUAAUUGUAAAAGUUUGGAUAAAAAAUUAUAAAGCUGCUUUUCCUUUUGUUGAAGAUAUUAUAAUAUUAAUAUAUGAAAAUAUGAGGUUAUUAUAUGCUCAAUUAUCUCAAAACCAUAAUUCACUUUUAUGGGUUCAAGAUAUUUCACAAAAUGAAGAAAAUAUGUUACUCCCUGAUCAUUAUGGUUUUAAAUCAUCGAAUUUUAUUCCCCUUCUUUUUUUUAAGUUUAUUUCACUGUUUAAAUACAUUUUCAAGUAUGAAUAUGUCUACAAAAGUUAUGACCAAAUAAGUGAGUUUCUUGUUGGCUCUCUAGUGUCUAUCCUUCCAAGGGUGAUGUACCCGAAAAAUGUUCAGGGCAUUUUGAAAAUACUGAGCCAUAUAAUUUUUAUAAGCAACACAGAAAAGGAUAUAACAAUUUUUAAGGAGAAUUACAAUUUCUUGCUGAAUCUGUACAUAAAUAGUAAUACACUAAUUAGAGAAUAUAUACUAGACAUUUUGAUUAAAAUUUUAAAUAAAACUUAUGGCGAAAAAAUGGAAGAUAUAGAAGGUAUGAAAAAUGUAGGAGAUGAUAUUAACUUAUAUUAUAACACAAGUGUGCAAAUAAAAAAUAUUUAUAAAGAGAAUGAUCAAGUUAUAAAUAAUAAGGACCAAAUUUGCGAUGAAAGUAUUUUAUUUUACUUUAGUUUUGAUAUAAUAUUUUAUACAAUUUCAGCAAAAGUUGGUGAAUAUAAUAAGAGAUAUGAAAAUGGUGAAAAUUUUAAUCUUUGGGAAGAUAUAGCAUAUAAGCAUAGAAAAAAUAUUAAUAAUAUUGUUUAUAUGAAAGAAGAACAAAUAAAUUAUAAUAUUUUAAAUAUAAUUGAAAUAAAUUUAAAUAUAGACAAAAAUAUAAGUGAUUAUUUAUAUUCUCUUUGGUUAUGUAUUUUAAAAUUAACAUCAAAAUGUUUUAAUAAAAAAAAUGAAAAUAUUAUAAAAACAAUUUCUUCUUUAUAUAUAUGUACCACAAAAUAUGUUGAAAUUUAUUUUGAAAAUUUAAAAAAUGUAGGCACACCAUUUUUUGAUUUAAAUAAUACAUGCUUUGAUAUAAUAAUAGAAUAUUUAUGUUUUUUUAUAAACAAUGAAAAAUAUGAUUAUUAUUUAACCUAUCAAGCAUUUUCAAAAAAUGUUGGAACAAAUGAGCUUUUGAAAAAUAGCUUUAUAAAUAUUUUACAAAAUAUAUUAACAAUUAAAUCAAAUAAAUUUUAUGAUGAAGAAAGAAUAGAAAAAGGGAUAUACAUUUUACACAUUUGUGUAAGUUUGUAUCGAAAUUAUAUAAAAACGGAAAUACCAUUGUUUUUUAUUCAUAUUGUUAAUUUUAUAGUUAUAUAUUUUUUGAAAAUUAUAAUUAAAUAUUUUAACAAGCUUUUUAAUGACCAAGGUGGAAAUAAAAGCAAACACUCUACACCAAAGAAUUUGAUAUAUUUUCCAGAUCAAGAAAAUGGUGCAAAUUUUGUAAAUACAAAUUCAUCAAUUACUAUUGAAAAUAAUAAUGAAUUUUUUAUUAAUCAAAAUAAACCACACAAUGAGCAAAUAAAUGAAUUUUUACAAGAUUGUAAAGAAAAACAAAGAACAAAUAUACAUGAACAUGUAAUAAAUUAUGACCGUGAUCAUAAUUUUUUAUCAAAUUUUACAAUUUAUCAACAUGAUAUAAAAAAAAUAUUAAUUCUAAACUAUUUAAAUGAGUACGACAUAGCAACUACUUUUCAAGAAUAUAAUUUUUAUACAAUUAAAGAAGAUAAUUAUAAUUACAUAAAUAACAAUAGUAUACUUCCUUUAGUUGCAAUUAUGUCUCUAUACGAGCCCAAUUUUUUAAAUUAUAUUUUAAUAUCUUUUAUUUCUUACUUUGGAAUAAAUAUUUCAACUUUUAUUUCAGCUUUUUAUGAACAUUCCAAAUAUAUACAUAAUAAAAAUAUUACUAUGUCUUCCUUAAUAUUUAUAUAUAUGUUAAAUCAAAAUUAUAUCUUUCGAAAUUUUUCAGAAAUUUUUGUUUAUCCAAAUUUCUCAAAUAUAUUAUCUCUAGACCAAUUUGAACAGUUUGUUUAUGGAAAAAAUAAAUCAGGUCAUUUAUUUAUUUCGGAUAAAAAUGAUAGUAUUGUUAUAAUAAUUGAAUUAACAAAAUUAAUAAAUAAUAUACUAAAUACAAAUAAAGAUAUAUAUAUCGAAAAAAAACACAUUUUGCAUUUAAAUACAGUAACUUCAAAUUUAAUUGGAAAUAAAAUAUAUAAUUCAUAUAAUUAUAAUACCACAAUGCGUAGCAUUUUAAAAUACGACGAGUUUGCAGAUCUCUGUGACAAAAUUAUGGACGCCAUAUUGCUAUAUAUACUAAAUUCUGAUGACCCCGAAAAAAAAAACACAAACCAAAUUAUAUUGAACUAUUUAAAAGAAAACAUAGACGGAAUGAAUGUCGCUUUAAUUAACAUGUACAAAAAAUAUGGCAUUCGUUUUUAA